AUGGCAACAGCAAGCGCUGAGGCUCCGCGCUCUCCGCCUGCAGGUUUCUGGUUGAAGCAGAGCACCUACCUGGAACAGCCUACCGUGCGGUUCCGCUACGAGGUGCUCUUCGUGGCCACCACCGGGCCCAGCCCGGGCAGCUUCCUGGCGUGGAGCACCUUCCCCGCGUUCAACCGCCUCCAGGAGGAGCGGCUGCGCGUCCCGCUCUUGUCGACUAGAGAAGAAGACAAAAAUCAAGAUGGUAAAAUGGAUCAGUUACAUUUUAAGCUGGAGCUUCCAUUACAAUCUACGGAAUAUGUAGUUGGUGUUCAGCUGAUUCUGGUCUUUUCCUACCAACUUCAUAGAAUGUCAACAUUUGUGAUGCAGAGCAUGGCUUUCCUUCAGUUUUUUUCUGCUCUACCAGGGUCUCAUCUCUAUGUGAAUGGAGACCUGAAACUGAACCAGAAGCAAUUACUUAACCAUUGUGGACUGGAUACCAGAUACAAUGUGUCUGUGAUCAAUGGCACAAGUCCUUUUGCAAGUGACUAUGAUCUAACAAACAUCAUUGCAGCAUAUCAAGAUAGAAAUGUAACAACAGUCUUGUCAAAUCCCAACCCUGUUUGGAUGAUUGGAAGAGCAGCAGAUACACCAUUUAUCAUUAAUGCCACUAUUCACUACCCAGUGGAAGUUAUUAUAUAUCCUUUUAUCAGCCGGGAUUUUGGGAAAUGAUUAAAUUUGCUUGGAUCCAGUAUGUCAGCAUCCUACUUAUCUUUCUUUGGGUGUUUGGUAGGAUUAAAAUUUUUGUGUUCCAGAAUCAAGUGUUGACUACGACUCCAAUAUCACCACUCUUGCCAGUGUCUCCACUAUUGAUGUACAAACCACACCAGUCCUGAAGAGAUGUUUGAAAAAAAAACUUUUAAGAAAUGC